AUGUCCAAGACUCUGCUAUACGACGAAGCACUUCCGCACCAAUACCAAAUCUGGGCCAUCAAAUCACGCGUAUUCCAAGCUCCCAAAGGCAAAGCAGCUCCACCUGGAGAUACGCUUGACCGUGGCUCGCUUCAGACUAAGCCCAGCUACGAAGGUGAGGAAGCGGGCCAUUCAUCUUGCGGCGAGGAGAGUGUUGAGUAUUAG